GCGGAGCACCGGCUGCUGGGCCAGGAGAAGAACGUGGCCAAGGCGGCCAGCAAGGCGCAGCUCGUCGCCGCCUACGAGCGCCUCUUCGAGACGCAGAGCUUCAGAGGCACCGAGAGCGCGGAGGACGCCCCCGAGGAGGCGAGAGGCGCCGCGGCCGAGGAGGGCAAGCGCAAGGAGGCGAGGCCCGAGGAGGCGGCCGCUGAGGCUCCCCCAAAAUAUACAAAGUCAGUUCUGAAAAAGGGAGAUAAAAUCAACUUUCCCAAAAAGGGUGACAUUGUCCACUGCUGGUACACAGGGAAGCUGCAAGACGGGACCAUCUUUGACAGCAACGUUCAGGCCAGUUCGAAGAAGAAGAAAGCAUCGAAACCGUUGAGCUUUAAAGUCGGCGCUGGAAAAGUGAUCCGAGGCUGGGACGAAGCGCUUCUGACCAUGAGCAAAGGAGAAAAGGCUCACCUGGAAAUUGAGCCGGAAUGGGCUUACGGGAAGAAAGGGCAGCCAGAUGCCAAGAUUCCACCAAAUGCAAAACUUUUCUUUGAAGUUGAACUGGUUGAUAUCGAAUGAGGAUCUCUCUGCUCUUCCAUCCUGGAUAACAGAAGAUGCUCUUCGGUGCAGGAAACCCACGCGUGGCCUUGUAUCUGAUACAGGGAGCCUUUGUAAUUGCUGCUUGGCAUCAGUAUAACUAAAGACUGGUUUGUACGCGA